AUAUAUUAUUUUUUUACGUUAAAAUCAGGAUAUUGCAAAAUUGUAACUGAGAAAAGUUCUAAUCGAGAUUCGAGUUGUUCUCAACACGUUAAACAUAAAGAUUAAAUACUGACACAAGGGAACUAACGAAAGUGUUAAUUAAUGCGUUGAAAGGAAUAUUAUCCUCUUGUCGUAAAUAAUUUAUUUCAAUGAAAGGAGCCGCAAUAUUUUUCACGCUUCUUUGGAUCCUGACAAGAUACAUUCAAAAAGGAACAGAGAUUUAAUUUCGCCACUAAACACGAUGGUGGUUUGCGUGUAGUUUCCUGGACAAAAUCUCGUAGGUCGUUUAUUAUAUUGGGAAGCUAAUUAAUUAUUAAUCUAAGAAAUUGUUUACAACUUCGCAUACUCACGUCGUAAAAGUAGCCAGUCAGAUGAUGAGGUGGUUUUUAUAUGUCAGAAAUAGGAAAGAUUUUAGGAAAGAAAAAAAAACUUUAGCAAUGCGAAAUAUCAAUUUGACUGUGUCGCACAUGGCGAUAUCGUUACUUUCAGUGCUACUAUAAUAGUAUCUUUUUUGAAUUUAUGGCCUAAAAAUUGAGACCUCGUCCACCUUGAUACACAUCGCUGUAGCCGUUUGAUUGCGCCCAAUCAUUUUUUUCUUGUGCAUACGAAUCACCUUACAAAAUGACCUCAACAUUAAUUAGGUUAUCGUAAAAUGCAAAUGCUAAUUGAAUCGAACUAUCGCAAUCGUCAAAUUAUCACACUUUCUUGCUCGCAUCUGAUUGCAUGUUAUUCUUAUAUCACUCGUUAAACGACCAUUGACACAAAUUGAAUACAGCGGCUUGCCAUUGAACAUAGCAUGUGCAAAUGCAGCACACGUUUAAUCAGAAACACGCAUGUCAUUAAAUUAUACGAAAAUUAUUUUGUGAAAUGACAUAUGUUAUAUGGCAUAAUAUACGGUAAUAGACAUAGUUAUUAAAAAAAUAAUUAUUAAAUAAGGAGAUGUGUCUCUUAUCGCAAGAGAUUUAUAAUACUUUUCUUAUGUAGUGGGGCCGAAUUUUCCAAUAUAAAAGGAGAGAAUCACAGAAUAUACCAUAUCAAAAAAAGUUCAGCCUAAAAUUUCCACGCCAAAUCACACACGUAAUUUCGUUGAAAUAUUAUUUGAAAAAUGCGUCCAGCGGUAACAACAGCGGACAAGAAAAGGGCAAAACGAGAAGAAAAAAAACGUGAAGCUGAAGAACGCGCGAAAAUGUUGAGGAAAGAACGUAUCAUGCGAGAAAUCGAGCUCGGUGCUUUAAACACAAAACGUUAUCGCACUUUAUGGCGAGAAAUGAUGAUGAGGAUCAAAAUGCCGCAGAUAGCCGAGGAUGUGGAAAUCGCAUGCCGGAACUUCGACCGAGCUCUUGACAUUAAGGAUUACAGGAUAAGUUUUUUAAUGGACGCUUUAGACGAGGCUGAAGAGCAGUAUCAGAGGAACGUAUGGUCACACAUCGAGAUCAUAGAUCAACUGUUGGAAACAUACAGGAAGAGAGUACAGCGCGAAGAGAGGAAUUACCAAAGAACUUUAUCUGAAACGGUCAACCAAGCGAACACUGAAAUCAGUAAAAUCGAUCGUCAGUCGAACGAGGACGAGACCUUGAUGGAAUCAAUCACACGCGGCGUUGAACGAAAAGGAGAGGAAUCACUGGACAACAUCAAGAGCAUUACGCUCAGUAAUGUUAUUAAUCCCGUUAAUUACUAUAUUAUAUUUCCAAAUUCCAUUUUAAACAUUUUAACAUCUUUUUCCACACUUAUCGGCCGAUGUAACGUCAUUUCAGAAACGAAGAAUCGCCGAAAAUGUUACGAGACGAUUAAAGAAAAGGAUGAAAAGGAUCAGCAAGUGAUAGCGCAGCAAGUAAUGCGCACGGGGAACCUCUGCGAGGAGAUACGAAAACUUCGUGGCAAGAUAACAAUGUACGAUGCCACAGCCAAGAAGAACAUUUCCGAAAUCCGAAUAGAGUACGAUUUCUUUGAGAAUGCUUAUUGGACUAUGAAAAACCGUUUACUCUCAGGUGAACAGCCAUCGUCACAAUCUCUCGGUUCGUUUUCGCAUAACGUCUCUGCAAAGAUAAACGUUACAAACGAUUUCUUAUUGAAAAAAAUGCAAAAUGAUCGUUCAGAGCAAACGAAAGAUCAAGAUCAGUUGAAGAUAUUGACGAUUGAAUAUAACAAGACAAUAAAGCAUCUAGAACGUCUCGUACCCAAAGGCAAACGACUGCUCACGUUGAUGCAAAUCUGUCGCAAGUAUGAAACGGAAAAAGAGAAGGUAAUUCCGUUCGAUUAUUGUAUGGAAGUGAAAAACUCGCUAAUACCAUCGUCGCAGCAAAUCAUGGAGGAUUAUCAAGAUUUAACGAAUUUCUGGCGACGAGUCGGUGCUGCGCAGAUAAGCACUAUGCAAUUGCGAUCGGAAAAGGAUAACUUGAGGAGUGAAGCGAACCGCUUGCGCGAAUAUCUUCAUUCUUACAUGACGCAGAAAGUAAGAGGAUAGAGUGAAGUACAAAAUAAUUUAAUAUC